AUGAUAAAGUUUCGCAAGUGGUGCACUCCAGAAAUCCCGCAAUAUAUCGCUACGGGCUUCGACUCCUACAUCGAAUAUUGCGAGUCACAUGGGGUUAACGAGGUUAUAGAAGAGUACACAUCUCUUUGCUGUGAUCACACUACUAAAACCUGCGAUAUAGAUGUUGGGCCUAUCACCCCUCCAGUACGUAACCCCAGUGUCCAUGGGUUUACAUCGUCUAUGCACCAAUCCAUGAACCUACCCGCUCACUCUGCUUUCCUGCCCAAUGCUUUAGCAGUGUGUAGCCCGACUGCCGCAGGUUUAGUGUUCCCGGUCUCCCAACCCAUGAGACCUACCUCAACACCAGCCUGGGGUAGAAGGGCUAAGAACCGUGGCCGCCAUAGGUGGGGCAGAAUGCAUGUUGGAAUGCGAGGAUGGGUGAGGAGAAGGAAAUCUCUGGACGCUCGGACUACGUGCUGUAGGGGGGGUAGGCCUUGCGUCCGUAUCGAAGGUUCGAUUGGAGUGAUCACAACAUAG